AUGCCGAACUUAUCAACAACACCUUUCCCUCUCUACCUCUUCCCUAGCCUGCCCUUCCGCCGGCGCCGAAGCUCGGCCACCAGCACGUCGACCGCCUCCACAUCUCCGUCUUCAUCUCCACCACAGCCAACCUUGUUUCUCACGACGCGACCCACCUCACAUCUGCGCUGCCAGAAGUGUCUGGCCGACCUCAUCCCCACGUCAUCCAUCAUAAGCAAAGGGUUCACUGGGCGCCAUGGUCGCGCAUAUCUUGUAGGACCACCAUCGACAUCGAGCUUCAUUGCUGGCGGGAAUAUGUCGGCAACGGGAUGGAGGGAAGGCGACCUGCCAAACACGUUGACACACAAAGCUCAUGCUCGUCAGCUAGUGACAGGCGCUCAUACCGUGUCCGACAUUAGUUGUCGUAGUUGUGGUAGCGUGCUGGGAUGGAAGUAUGUCGACGCUGCCGAAGACAGCCAGAAAUACAAGGUCGGCAAGUUUAUACUAGAGACGAAGAGGAUUGUUAAGGAUGCAGAAUGGGAUGAGAAUAUCAAUGAAGAAGACAAUGGUAUGGGGCUGGACAAGAACGAAGAAGACAUCGAGUUCGAUUCGCAGGACGAAGACGAAUGCGAAGAUCUCUUCAGCGGUAUCUGGACACCCCAGCUUGCGAGUAAGAGGAGGAAGCGCCGUGUUUACGGCGAUGUUGACCUUUCUGCUUGA